AUGGCAGCUACUCUCUGUCAGGUGAUGGGCUUCCUCCUGAGUUUGUUAGGGGUGGCGGGAAUAAUUGCAGCGACAGGAAUGGACCAGUGGGCGACGGAAGACCUCUUUGACAACCCUGUGACGGCCGUGUACUCGUAUUCGGGCCUGUGGAGGUCAUGUGUCCGCCAGAGCUCAGGCUUCACGGAGUGCCGACCUUAUUUCACCAUUCUGGGACUGCCAGCUCUGCUCCAGGCCGUGCGGGCCCUGAUGAUUGUUGGCAUCAUUCUCGGAGCCAUCGGUUGCCUGAUCACCAUAUUUGCACUGAAAUGCUUGAAAAUGGGGAACAUGGAGGACAACAUCAAAGCCACAAUGACUCUGACAGCUGGGAUCAUGUUGCUUAUUGCAGGUGUGUGUGGCAUCGCUGGAGUGUCGGCCUUCGCUAACUUGAUUGUGCAAAGUUUUCGGUUCACAACGUUCAGUGAGGGGUUCAGCUCGUUUGGAGGAGGAGGGGGGAUCGGUGGACUCUCAGGAAAUCUGACUCCAAGGUACACUUUUGGGCCCGCUCUAUUCGUGGGCUGGAUCGGUGGAGCUAUCUUGUUCAUUGGAGGGAUCAUGUUGUGUCUGGCCUGCCGUGGAAUGACUUCAGAUGGAAAGCAACGGUACGAUGCAAUGGCCUACAAAGCUGCCUCUCAACACACUAUCUACAAGCCUGACACCAGACCCCGUCCAGCCUACAAUGACUCCUACAAAGCCCACACCGAGGACGGACGGCAGUCCAACCAGAGAUUUGACUAUGUGUAGAAUCCUUUCACUCCUAUAGAUACCUCUCUGUCAUAUUCUGCUGCUGUGUGAUGAUGUUUUUCUCUUGUUUUGACCCACACUAAUGGGAAGAGUGGUUAUUUUCUGAUUUCUCUUUACAUUCAUUUGGCUGAACUGCUACACAUUCAAGGUAUUUUUUUUACUUUUUAUUUUUUAAAACAUCAUAUAAU